AUGUCCACAUAUAAUUUCAGAAUCUACCGGCAACUCCACAGAGCGCCGCCGCAGUCCGACACCGUUCACCGCUCCGCACCGGCCGAUACUCGUGAACGCCAGUGCCAGUCGACGCCUUUCAAAGCCGACCAUGCCUCUCAAAUCCGCAGGAGAAGACGACCUCGUCCCGUCGGAGAAUACGAGUUGUCCCGCCGGAGAAGACGACCUCGUCCCGCCGGAGAAUACGAGCUGUCCCGCAGAAGAAGACGACCUCGUCCCGCGGAGAAGAAGAGCUUUCCCGCCGGAGAAGACGACCUCGUCCCGCCUGCCAACCUCCGUCGACCUCCGUCACCUUGGAUCCAGUCCUGUCACCAGAAAUCGGAUUGGAGGAGAUGA